AUGGCAACUGCGAAAACCACUCAGCCUGCCAGCACGCUGGCUCCUGCCCAACUAGAUGGUGGAAACGAUUACCAUCCCCAUGCAAGGCCAGCGGUCGUCAGAAGCAACUACGCUCGUCCUGCUACCUCGUUCUACCCUCAACAGUACCAUGGACAGACCCCUUUUCAAUCUCGUCAUGUACCUUCGGUACCGCCGCCACCUCGUCAGCAGACCCGCACUAUCACAACCAACGCAGUCCGCGACCUUCUUCCCUACUGCACUACCGAGCCUCCCCUGGAUGAAGCACAAGUCAUUGCUCUAAGUGACGUCGUGGGUAGUUUGAGAGAACUCGCUGUACUAGCACUCUGCGCUGCGUCCGGGGAUGUGAGCAGCAUGAAGAAGCUGGAAGGUGCUGUGGAUCAGCAAACUGCGGCAAACAUUACAGAUUUCUUUGCCGAGGAAUGGGAGAUUGAUGGCUGA